AUGAAUGUCAACAAAAGUGAAACAGAGAAAUUUGACAAAAUUCUAGCCAGCUUUCCCCGCCCUUCCGUCAGAUGCAUCUGCCCGCACGGAACCUUCGGGUCGCGCUGCAAGAUCCUGAGCAGACACUUCGAAGGCGGCGGGCAAGGGGACGAAGCCGGGAAACGCGACCGGGUCGAGGACGACCUCGGCGGGUGGGCGUGGGUGCCGUCCAUCCCCUCGUGCGCGGAGGUCCACCUCAGCCUCGAGGUCCUCACCGGCUCCCCCGACGCGACGCUCCUGUACUCCGGCCCCGACCACCUCCCGCCGGCGCAGGGGGCCAACUCGGACAUGCUGGCCCUCGAACUCCGCGGCGGCCGCCCCUCCCUCCUCCUCGACCUCGGCGCCGGACCGGCCGCCCUCAGCCUCAAUGCCUCCUACUCCCUCGCCGACUCCAGGUGGCACAGGCUCGACCUCAUUUGGAAGGACGAGCUUGUGGAGAUGAUCGUGGACCUGUGUUCGGGCGCCAGCAUCGACGGCCCGCCCACCCAGUCGUCCAAAUCCGCCCUUAACGACUCCGGGAUUCCGACGUCCUCCCCGCCCAUCCCCCCGGACGCCCACACCUGCAGGGGCGCGGCGAGACUCUCCCGGGGCGCCCUUCUGCUCAACGCCGCCCAGCCCUUGCAGGUGGGAGGGCUCGCCCACCCGCCGCCCGCCCACACAGUGUACGGGUGGCCCAAGCCCAUCCUGGGGCGCCCUCUCAGGGGCUGCGUCAGGAACCUCAGAAUUAACGGCGAGUUGAUCGACUUGGGGCACGGACUCCUCGGCCAGAAGAGUUCUCCGGGGUGCAAGGCCGCCGAUUGUCUCGCCAGCGGCAUCAACUGCGGCGUCCACGGCAGGUGCCACGGAUCUCCGGGUUACCUGCGGUGCGAGUGCCAACCUGGCUGGUCUGGCCCUGACUGUGCCACGCCCUCGACACCCACGGCAUUCCAGGUCAACAGUUACGUCAAACUCGCUCUCUCCUUCACGCCCCUCGCCUACACCACCACCGUCCAUCUCAGGUUCCGUACGUGGCAACGCAGAGGAGAGCUCGUGGUCCUCUCCUCCCAGCACGGCCGAGAUCGCUUCGCUGUGCAACUAGACAACGGCCGAUUGUGUCUCGUGUUGCAGCUUCAUCCGGAUCCCCAGAGGUCGCUGUGUCUCACGCGAGCUCAAGUCACAGACGGACAAUGGCACACCGUCUCCGCCUCAAGUGCUUUGUCUUCGGGAUUCCUUACAGCAUCAGUGUGCUUUUAG